AUGAGGCAGGAAAGGAAUCUAACUAAACUGUUAGAACAACAGCAGGCACAAUUGGAGAGAGUCCUGUUGGCAACUGAGAAAGGAAUUCUCCGAGGAGCCGGAACGCCCCGACCCAAGCCAAAACCCAAGGUAGGAAGAAACCAAUAUCUGGGUGAGUAUCGCACCCAAAAUCCAGACAUCAGCUUGUUACAAUAUGUAGAUGACUUGUUGAUUGCUGCAGUCGAUAGAGCAGCCUGCCUUAAAGGGACUGAGAACUUGCUGCUGACCCUAGGAUGCCUAGGGUACUGAGCCUUGGCCAAAAAGGCCCAAAUUUGUAAGAGGCAGGUCGGGUAUCUGGGGUAUGUCCUUAAGGAGGGUAAAAAGUGGCUGUCGGAUGCCAGGAAGGAGAUGGUAUUGAAAAUACCCGCUCCUACAACACCAAGACGGGUGAGAGAGUUUCUGGGGACAGCGGGAUUCUGCCGCCUCUGGAUUCCCAGAUUCGCUGAACUGGCUAAGCCCCUAUAUGAGGUCACUAGAAACACAACAGAUUUUGUCUGGACAGAGAGGGAACAAUGAGCAUUUGAGGAACUGAAACGGAAACUGCUGGAGGCCCCAGCACUUGGCCUACCAGACAUCAACAAACCCUUCCACCUUUAUGUGGAUGAGAGUAGGGGCAUUGCCAAAGGAGUCCUCACCCAGACCUUGGGACCCUGGAAAAGACCGGUGGCAUAUCUGUCAAAAAGGUUGGACCCAGUGGCUGCGGGGUGGCCUCCAUGCCUAAGAAUAAUUGUGGCCGUAGCUCUGCUAGUUAAAGAUGCAGACAAACUGACUCUUGGUCAAAGACUGACUAUUGCAACCCCACAUGCCCUGGAGGGAAUCCUUAAACAGCCACCAAUCGAUCGAUGGAUCAGUAAUGCAAGGCUCACUCACUACCAGGCCCUCCUUCUUAACCCAGCCAGAUUGACUUAUCAAGUCCCAACAGCUCUGAACCCAGCCCCCCUACUGCCUGAUCCCGACCUGGAGGCUCCACUUCACGACUGUGCUGGGAUCCUGGCUCAGGCACACUGCAUACGCCCAGACCUGCGAGAUGUCCCACUACCAGAUGCAGAGGAAAACUGGUUCACGGAUGGGAGCAGCUACAUGCGUGAUGGACAAAGGUAUGCGGGGGCAGCAGUGACUACCAGUGAAACCAUCGUGUGGGCCACUGCAUUGCUGCCAGGGACUUCAGCACAAAAGGCUGAAUUAAUAGCCUUAACAAACGCCCUCCAACUCGGGAAGGACAAGAAGCUGAACAUUUACACUGAUAGCAGGUAUGCAUUUGCCACUGCACAUAUCCAUGGGGCUAUAUACUUGGAGAGGGGGCUGUUAACUGCAGAGGGAAAGACUAUUAAAAAUAAACAAGAAAUCCUAGAGCUACUAAAGGCCCUCUGGGCCCCCAAGAAACUAGCAAUCAUGCACUGCCUGGGGCACCAGAAAGGAGAAGGGCUGAUUCAAAGAGGAAACAAUUUGGCUGACCAGACAGCCAGGCAGGUGGCCAUGACGGCCACUAUAACUCCUAUGCUUGUGGACCCUGGGGCCCCUGACAAUAAGAUCAUUCUGCCUCAAGAACUGGGACGAACAAUGCUCUGAAAAAUACAUCAGACAUCCCACCUGGGAAUCAGGAAAAUGCAAGAUCUCCUCAGGCACUCUGCAGUGAAAAUUAAAGAGGGAAACCAGAUUAUAGAGGACAUUGUGGCUAGUUGUCAUGCUUGCCGCCUGACUAACACCAACCCACACCCUGCAAACCCAGGGAGUCGCCUCUGGGGCACCCGGCCAGGUACGUAUUGGGAAGUGGACUUCACUGAAAUCAAGACAGGAAAGUUUGGCUAUAAAUAUCUAUUAGUUUUUAUAGACACCUUCUCAGAAUGGACUGAAGCAUACCCCACUAAAUACGAAACUGCAAAUGUGGUGGCUAAGAAGAUACUGGAAGAAAUUCUGCCCAGGUUUGGCUUUCCAGUUAUGAUAGGAUCAGAUAAUGGUCCAGCCUUCAUUUCCCAGGUAAGUCAGGGAGUAGCCACCACAUUGGGGACAGAUUGGAAAUUACACUGUGCUUAUAGACCCCAAAACUCAGGGCAAGCAGAAAGAAUGAACAGGACACUAAAAGAGACCCUAACUAAAUUGGCCUUAGAGACUGGCGGUGACUGGGUGACCCUUCUUCCCUUUGCCCUUUUUCGGGUUCAGAAUUCCCCUUACCAACUGGGAUUAACACCCUUUGAAAUCAUGUAUGGGUACCCACCUCCCAUUAUACCUAGUCUUCACACUGAUUUAGUGACACAGUUGGAGGACCAGGACCUCCUGGAUGCACUUCGAGGACUCUGCCAGGCCCAUAAAGAUAUAUGGCCCAAGCUCCAGGCUAUUUACCAGGCCGCUUCUCCUCCUACUCCCCACAGGUUCAGACCAGGAGACUGGGUCCUGAUCCAAAGGCACCAGCGCAAGUCAUUGGAGCCCAGGUGGAAAGGACCUUACAUGGUGAUCCUGACCACCCCGGCAGCUCUGAAGGUGGACGGAGUCACAGCCUGGGUCCAUUACUCACACGUGCGACUCACUGACCCCUUCAUGCUUCCUGAGGAGUACCAAGGCGAGGUGUGGGAAGCUACUCAACAUCCCUCUAAUCCACUGAGGCUCAAGUUACCCCGUGCCAGGAAAAAUGAUCAGCCUCUACCUGAUUCUCCUGCUUCUGCCUGGUGCCACCAUGGAGAUCAGCCAACCUGA